UCAGUUAUAAUGUAAUUUGUUAUUUUGUUGACUGUGUUAGUCUAUAAUCUAAGGUUUUUGUUAUCUAUAUAAUAUAAUCUAUUGAAAUUAGAUAACAGUUUUGUUUACAAAUGUUUAAUCUAUUCUGUGGUAUAAUAGUUGUCCGUGCUUACAAUACGACUAAACACAAUACCAGGUCCCAAUGUCUCAUUAUCAUACCUUUAUAAUGAAUAACAACAUAACAACAACUUGUAACUUUUUUGGGUGUGAAGGUAAACCAAGGUGGCGAAACUCAAAUCACGUUUGAUAUUAUUGUCUAUUGCAACGAUUUACGAUAACGAAAUUUAAAUUAGUAAUUGGUUAUUAUUUAGUGUUCUUUUUUGUUUUCUUCGUGAAAUGUGUCUUACACUCGUUAUUGUCAAGAUUAAAUAAAUCAAAAUUUUUCUUUUAAAAAUAUCGUUUGUAUAUCUAAAAAGAUUUUUUUGUUUCUUACACCAUUGAAAAAAUGUUUUUCUUUAAAAAUUUGCUGUCGGUUAUUGCAUUAACCAUGAUUAUUAUAAACUCGAGUGAGUCCUUGGAAUGUUAUGUUUGUACAAAUCAAGAUCAAAACCACGAAAAAUGUUUGAACACAAUUAAGACAUGUGAACCUGAAGAAGAUAUGUGUUUAUCAGAAAUCAGUUGGGGAUCUCCACCAUAUUGGGUGGAAGGAGGGAUCAAACAAUAUUAUGUAUCAAAGAGAUGUGCCACAAGGGCUACAUGUGAAGCUGUAAAAACUAAAACAAUGCCCUAUUGUACGUACUUAUGGUAUCAAGAUUGGAAAUGUGCUGAAUGUUGCUUAGGUGACCGUUGUAAUUUCUACAUCACUAUGGGCAGUAGUGCGGUAAAAUCCAAUUUGUAUGUUUUAUUGGGAUGCAUCACUGUAUUGUUUGGAUUCCAUUUUAUCAAAACCGUAGUCUAAUUCAAAAUGGUUGUUUAUUUAUCCUUAAAAAGAUUUUUUUUUAUAUUCUGACUUAUUUUUUAAUUAUUUUAGGCUCAAUUUUAAUUACAGUAGAAAUUGUCAAUAAUGACGUUCAAGGGAUCAUGAAAAUAGGUCAUAAUAACAUAAUAUAAUCAUAACUACUGAUAAAAUUUAACAUAUAAAUAUAGCCUUUGAUUUGCUAAAAUAUUAUUAUAAUUAUUAUAAAACUUACCAAUGCAUUUAUUGGGUCCUUUAGUUCAGAGUCGUAAGACCUGAUAUGUCACUUUUUCUGGUGUCAAUAUAAACAAUUUCUACUGUAUAAGCAUUAAUACAUAUAUUUAUAUAUAUAUAUUACCAGUAUUAUUUUUAAUUUUAAGUGAAGAGUUCCGUCCAAAUAUCAUGUUUUUGAUACAAACUUGUAUUUAUUUCCGUCCAAAAGUUUAUACAUGCGUGAUGAAUUUUUAUAAUUAUAUUUUAGAAUACAUUUUGUAUAAACGUGUUGGUAAUUAAUAUAAAAUAAUUUAAUUUGUAUUUUUGAACUUUUAUAUACUUUCUUGUAUUAAUUGUUACGAUAAUUUGAAUUUAAAUAAUAUAUUAUACCAGCCAUA